CAUUACCUUUUUAUCUUUCUGUUUCACUUAAAUUUCUCUUUUAACCCUCCAUUUUUGUAAAUAAUCCCCUUCAUUUUUGUCCUUAUCAAGAUCACUACAUUUCCACCGCUUGAUCAAAAUCCAAUCAACGGUCUUAAAUCAACCCGCGAAAGAAAACGAAUUUCGAAUGGAACGGCAUAGUACAAAAAAAUAGAGACAGAAUCAACAGUAGCCACAGCUACUUGUCUGUUAUAUACCUCUAUUCAUAUCUCGCCACGUGGUCCUUAACCCCCUCGUAACAAAUAUAUAUACAUACACGCCAGCGUAUCCUGUAGAAUUAUAUCUUUCCAUUUUUUCUGCAUGUUGUGUUGUGUGUGAGAGCUAUGGAGAGAAAAUCUCUUGUUCCACAGGCCGGCGGUGAAUCGUUACUGCCGUUGAUGGAGACCGAUGAAGCUGCUGCUUUCAUCAACGGCAUGUACGCCGGUAUGAGUUAUUCGUCUUUGUUGAGUUUGAGCAUCGAUAACAACCCCAACUAUGAGCCUCCGCUCGUUAAUGAUCAUAUGGUUUGUGCAACUGGUGCUGCUUCUGAAAUCCAGCAAAGUUUGGAGACGGAGCAUUUCAAUGCUGAUCAAAAGCUGAAAUUCCCUAAGCUAGAAGUACCAGUAGUAAAUGAUACUCCUUUUCAGUUGUAUCCAUACAACAAUGAGUAUUUUUUGAAUGAGCCGUUUAACUACGAAGGCUUUGGAUACCAGAAUCUUCCAGAUCUCCGUUGCCUUAAACAGACAAACUAUUUUGAUUUUCAUUACGGUGACUCAUCUUCAUCGCUGGUUAGUAACCGAGUCGAACCGAGUAAUUUUCCAAAAAGGAAGCAGCCUCCUAGUUCAUCUACAGCUAGAUUACAAAGACAGAAGCUAAGCGAGAAAACUCGGUGUUUGGAGAAGCUAUUGCCAUGGGACAAAAAAAUGGACACAGCGACGAUGCUAGAAGAGGCGUACAAAUACGUGAAGUUUCUACAGGCCCAAGUUAGCGUUCUCCAGAACAUGCCUUUGUUAAGCGAAGGAGGUGCUUCGUCGUCCUCUUCCGAGGACAAAAAUGGAAAAAGUACCAGCGUUUUUGGGAAACUAGGGAGGCUGAAUAGGCAACAGCUUUUAGAGGUGGUACUAAACUCACCAGUUGCUCAGACGUAUCUGUAUUCCAAAGGCUGCUGUGUUUACUCAGUAGAACAGCUGGUUCAGUACAGGAAAAUUGCUCAGAGAAACGCUUUGUACCGCCAAAUGUUGUUUUACGCCGGUAUGCCGUCUUGAACUAGGCGAUUCCAAUUCAAUACUCAGGUGAAUGCUCUUAGCUAAUAUGGAAAUUCCUCUCUCUUUUGCUUUGUUUUUUGGUUGAAAAGAAGUGAAAGCUUAGGCUUAUAGGAGUAAAUGGAAAAUCUGUAGUGUGGGUGAAAUUGGGAACUAGAAGUAGUGUUAAUAUCAUGAUCAGUAGAUGAAUAUCUUUUUGCUAAUCAUUACAUGUAAGCAUGUGAUGUGAAUAUCUUUUUGCAACUUCUUCAUAUCAUCUUUUGAUGAUUCUGCUCUGAGAAAUUAAAAUCAAUCUAUCUUCAAUUUUUGAUGCGACUGAUAGUUUGAUGGUACUUACAUAGUUUAAUUCAAUAUUUUUUUUAAUUAACAUUCAAAAAUUAAUGUCUAGAUUUACACCAAAGAUUAAUCGCGCACACUCGUGUUCUAUGAAUUUUGUCAUCUUUUGAAUGCAUUAUAUUGUAUGAAUUUUGUCAUUUCCAGUCCAUCUGGUCAGUAUUUUCCACGUGGUUUUCCUUCUAUCCACCCAUGGUGGAUGGGUGAGAGUCUAACAGGAAAUAAAUGGAAAUGAAAAAAAAAUGUAAAAAAUUGAACACCUUGCCAUCAUUGUUAGUAGCACGAAAAUUGCGAAAAUGAUCUUUUAUGACCACUUGCAAUUGAACUAAAAAAACGACU